UCGUGGCGGUUGGACAGAAAGCAACUAGGCAGCGCAGCUCGCUUAGCCCGGGCGCAGUAAGGAGGCGGGAGACAGACGCUUCAACACCGCGUCUGCCUUCAAAUAAGACUCGAGACAACACACACACACGCUCUUUCUCUCUCUCUCUCUCCCACACACACACCGGCAGCAAAGUUUGUUAUUAGAAAGAACACAAUGCCAGCCGUGAUGAAAAACUCCGACCUGGAGUUUGAUUCCUUCCAGCCGUGUUUCUACCCGGAUGAGGAUGAUUUUUACUUGUGCGGCCCUGGAGAAGACAUCUGGAAAAAAUUCGAGCUGCUUCCAACCCCACCGCUGUCUCCAAGCCGUGCGGCGCUCGCGAGCGUGGAUGCGGGGAUUGAGUGCGCGUCUCCUGGUGCGUUUGGACUCGGUGAUCCGCUGGACUGGGCUUCCGAGCUGCUGCUUCUACCGCCACAGGACACCGAGGACGAAGCGUGGCGUGCACCGGAGAGCGACCUGUUUGGCGCGUGUGCACUCGAUGACCCGGUCAUCCUGCAGGACUGCAUGUGGAGUGGAUUCUCGGCGCGCGAAAAACUAGAGCGCGCCGUCAACGAGAAGCUCAGCCGGACCGUUUCCUCGGUAUCUGCAGCCACCGCUGCUUCUGUUUCUGGAUCUUCCGGACUUAAAAGCAGCGCUUUGAAGGCACCCGAGACGAACCGGGCUGCGACUGAGUGCGUGGACCCCGCUGUGGUUUUCCCCUUCCCUGUAAACAAAAGGAACGAAGGGCAGAGCGCGAGCCAGACGAGGUGCGCAUCCUUGGCUCCCGUGGACAGGCAUGAUGACGACAGCCCGAGCGACUCCGAUGACAACGACGACGUGGAUGAUGAAGACGAAGAUGAUGAGGAAGAAGAGGAAGAGGAGGAAGAGAUAGAUGUAGUCACAGUGGAGAAGCGGCGAUCCACAGUUAGCAAGAACUUCCACUCUCAGGCAUCAUCGUCGACGAGCCGGCUGAACUCGGGUGCGAGCCGGGCACCUCAGGAGCUCAUUUUAAAAAGAACGGCAGCCGCCUCCAUCCACCAGCAGCAGCACAACUACGCAGCGCCUUCGCCGUACUCCGACGACUCCGAUUUUUCCUCUGCUCCCCCAAGCAAAAAACACAGAUCCGAAAGCAGCACUGGCUCCAGCACAAACUCGCAGCGUAGUAUGAAAACAAGCACGUGCAUGCCGAUCUCGCCGAAUGGGAUUCAGCGGCUCAGGAAAUGUGGCUCAGGCUCUGACUCGGAGGACAACGAACGCAGACGCAACCACAACAUCCUGGAGCGACAACGACGCAACGACCUGCGUUCCAGCUUCCUGAUGCUGCGCGAUCAGCUGCCCGAGCUCGCGAAAAAUGACAAAGCAGCCAAGGUGCUGAUCCUCAAGAAGGCUGCAGAGUACGUGGGUUCACUCGAGUCCCAGGAGCUUCGGCUUCGUCAGGAAAAGGACAAGCUCCAGGCAAGACGGCAGCAGCUCCUCCGCCACCUGGAGCAAGUCAGGACUCGCUAGUCUGCUACAUGCUAACCUUUAGCAGUCACGGCUGGAAGCCGAUCGGCCGAACAGCCCCCCAAAAAAACUAACUUUCGGACACUCACUGCCGCCACUUUCUUUGCACAUUUUUUGGACGUCUAGAAUGUUUCGGGUUUACUUUUGUCAUUCCAGUCACAUCAAGGAAAAGAGAAAGUACAAGGAUGGUCCUCUUACUCCAUCCUAAUUCCUUACUGUUUUUUUUAAUGGGUUUUCUGCGUCAGAAUUGACCGACAAACCCCUCUUCCUCUCUCAGCCUUUUGUAGAACUGCUGUUCAGGAAUGUGGAAGUCGCCGAGGAGCACGCAAUACAACACACACCCACUUUGCCUUCACUUUGCAAAUGACACAAAAAAGCAAACUUUUUAAGAAUAAGAGAAAAAAAAAGAUCGGACGUGAUUCAGGAGUCAGUUCGAUGGGAAUUGACUCUCUCUCUCUCUAUCUCACACACUCACACCUCUCUUUCUGGUGCUUAUAACUCCAGAUAUACCUCCGAGCACCUUGAUGUCAGCAAAACACUAUCAAUCUGCCUUGUUUCUUUUUUUUGUACACAGAACUGUCUUUGGGUUUUUCUAAGAAAAUAACUAGACUGGAAGUUUAUAUACCUUUUUAUUAAGUACUGUAUGACCUCGAUUUAUGAGGAACUUUGUAAUAUAAUAUGUUUUUUCGUUUUCAGGUUCAUAUUACCGUUCUUUGUUUGUCACACAAUACUUACUAAUUUGUACACCUACGCUUUAGUGUGCUUCUGAUACAUACUAAAAAUUGAUACUUAUAUUUUCGUAUGAAAAUGAGUUGAGUAGAUAUCACUAUCUUGUUUUAUCUCUUUGCUCUUUGUGUUCUUUUUUUUUGUACAGAAAUCUUUCUAUCUACAUUUACCUUGCUCCCGUUUUUUCCUCCCUCGUUUGUUUAUAUAUUUGUACCUCUCGGGUUCUUAGAACUUGGUCAAUGGGAAUGUCUUCUCUUCUCUCUCUCUCUCUCUUUCUCUCUCUCUCUUUUUCUAAGCGUACAUUUUAGUGCUGCAACUCAUAGCACUUUGAAAUACCUCAUUUUGAAAAAUAAAUAGACUCUGAAAGCAAA